GGGCGGUGCGGGGUAGGCGAGCGCUCAAGUACCUGCGGCUCUGGACGGCGAAGACCGCUCAAUCACCGACCACAACCAUGCCACACCAGACACACUACGCCGUCGCGAAUCCGAGCCCUGUCUUGUCCGAGGAACAAGUGCAGGAUGCGUUCCACUCCUACCUCAAGUCCUCCCUCACCCAGGCAAAGGUCGAGGGCCUCCUCCCGGAGAACAUUCUGUCCAGCGCGGAGGGGGAUCUCAUGAUCACAGGACCUGCACUAUGUCUGUACUUUGCCGCACUGCGCUCGACGACCGAGCCACCGUCCGUGCCUCUCCCCCGCCGCUCCAAGUCUUCCACCGCAUCCUUCAAUCUCUCCGACGAGAACUGCCCACCCACAUUCCGUCCCUUCUGGCUCGUCUGGUCCCAUGCCGUCCCCGAGAUCCAGGCCCUCACCCCCGAGCACCAACACGACCUCGCGCGCAUCAUCUGCAACCUCCCGCCCAUCGCCGUGCCCUCCAACCCUCGCCUCAGCGGGAUAGCUGCGGACCUCCGCGCCGUAGCAAUCGAGAUCAGCAUGCGGAGAACCUUCCAGGACCGCUACGCGACUGACCUCCAGGCGGCUCUUGACGCGGGCACGAACGGACACACCAGAAUGAAGGCAAGCUUCGUUCCCCCGCCCUCCUACGACGCGCCCCCCGCCGUACCACCCAAGUCCUCUCCAUCCCACUCUCCAUCCCACUCGCACUCGCAUUCCCACACCCACUCGCCAUCCCGUCAUACGUCCUUCAGCCCCCUCCCGCCCUCGCCAACCAGCCCCAAGCCGACCAUCCUCGCGCCCGACGCCCCCGCGAUCGAGUUCAUCCGCGAGACCCUCUACGCCGCGCUCGCCGACGUCCUCGAACGCACGCCCUCCCUCCGGCGCGCCCUCCGCGCCGACCCGACCCGCGCCUACUUCGCCGCCGUCGCCUUCGCCAUCCUCUCCGUCGCCACCUCCUCCGUCACCCACCCGCCGCAGCACAAGUCCCUCGCGGACAUCCUCCCCGAGUCCGCCCCCGCAGAGCAGCAGGCGACCAUCUACGGCGUCCUCGACAAGACGCUCGCCCUCCGCCAGUGCCCGCCCGACCUCCGCCCGUUCAUGGCAGAGCUCUGCGCGAUCGGCCAGGCCGCGCGCGAGAUGGAGGAGCAGGACUCGCUCGCGACCGUGGAGGCACUGGGGCGCGGCGAGGACCCGCCCCUCCCCCGCAUCGAGCGCGCGCGCGAUGUCCUCGAGGGCGGCGUCGGCCAUGCGUUCAGUGGCGCGGCGGCAGCGGACGUGCCCCGUGCGGCAGACCAGCGGAGGCGGACGACGAGCACGGAGAACAGGGCGGUCGCGUUUGCGAACAGGAUCAAUGCGCUUGCGCUGGGCAUGACGAGGCUGCGGGCGUUCAGGGAGCGGCAGGAUAUGGUGUUCAAGGUGCUGGCGGGCGUUGGCGGAUAGAGUCGGUGCGCUACGCUCCUUGUCUACCCUUGUACGCUAUUCUCUCUGUUAGUUGUUUGUUAUACUACCUCCUGUGGUAAUGGCCUCACGUUGCUUUGCCUUGCUUCUAAUUAUGACCACAGUCGUAUCCCAUGUAGUGUAUGCCAGACUUCGAAUGUAAUGUAGAUACCAUGUAGUACUAUUGUCAUGAAACCAUUCCGUUCUGAGCAAGAC